UCGACACGCCCUCUUUUAAGCCUUUCUGAUCUUCGACAUUCUUCGUGGAUCUUUUUAGAAGAUGAGUUCAAACGGUAGCUCCACUCACCAUUCUCCCGAAAGAGAGGAGCUCUGCUCUUUACUGGAGAAUGGGGAGAGAUGCACAAAUAAAGCUGGUUCUGGUGUCUUUACGAAAAAGAUGAAAUCCUUGGCUCAAAAGAAACAGAAGCUCUACCCUGAUUCAACUGCGAGUCAUAAUCGCAUUUGCGAUCAUCAUCGGACCUUUGUUCACAGUUUGAGGAACAAAAGAAAACGAAAAGACUCGGAAGAGGAAAACGAUUUCUUACCAGAAAUUGAUUUCCUUCAGUUGCAAAUGAACACACUGAGAAGAUACAAACGACAUUAUAAACUUCAAUUAAAGCCAGGAUCAAACAAAAUACAGCUUGUAGAGGCCGUGACCAAGCAUUUUAGGACUCUUCGUAUCAACGAGAAAAAAGUAGUACAGCUUUUCAUAUCAAUGGUGAAAUCUCACAAGAGCAAAUUGGAUCAUCCCAAACCUAUUGACUGAUUAUCUUUCUCUUAUUUCACCCUCCCCUUUCACACCCUCUCUCUCUCUCUCUUCACCCUCUUCUUCAUACAACACUAAUUAUGUGCACACACAUUCUUGUGUAUUAUAUAAUGAGAUACCUCAUUCAAUGGUUUCUUAUGAAUGAACUCUAUGGUUGUAUUUUAUUGUAUGCGUGCAUUGAAUCAACUGUA